CAAACUUUCUCUCUUUAUCAUUCAAACGGUGAAUUACCCGCAUCAUAAAAUUCUUUUCUUGUCAUCCUGGUUGUCGCCUUUUCCACUUCUGAAGCAAAUUUAAAGGUGUUUAUUUAAUAUUUAUAAUAUGGAAGGCAAUGUUGUUAGACGGGUGAUUCCUUCAGAUAAUAGUUGUCUCUUCAAUGCCGUUGGGUAUGUUAUGGACCAUGACAAAAAUAAGGCUUCUGAAUUAAGACAGGUUAUAGCUGCUACGGUAUCAAGCGAUCCAACAAAAUAUUCUGAAGCAUUUCUGGGUAAACCUAAUGAAGAAUAUUGUGCUUGGAUUCUUAACCCGGAGAAAUGGGGAGGUGCGAUAGAGCUCUCAAUAUUAGCAGAUUAUUAUGGUCGUGAAAUAGCAGCAUAUGAUAUCCAAACAACAAGAUGUGACGUGUAUGGACAGGCCAAGAAGUAUGGAGAAAGAGUUAUGCUGAUAUAUGAUGGACUCCAUUAUGAUGCUUUAGCUAUGUCCCCUGCGGAUGGAGCUCCGGAAGAGUUUGAUCAGACAAUUUUUGCUGUAAAUGCGGAUAGGACCAUUGGGUCGUUUGAAUCACUUGCUCUAAAUCUUGUAAAGGAUCAGCAACGGAAACGAAGUUAUACCGACACUUCCAACUUCACAUUACGUUGCGGGGUUUGCCAAAUUGGCGUGAUUGGUCAAAAGGAAGCUGUGGAACAUGCACAGGCAACUGGCCAUGUCAAUUUUCAAGAAUUUAAAUGAAGAAAUUCUGGGGAUCGUUCUUGGUUGGUUACUCUCAGUCAUAUUUGUGUUAUUGGAUUUUCUUGCUACCGAUAAGUUUGUUGUUAUUUACCAAAACUGUUGUAAACAUCUGUACCAUAUUAUGCCACUAACUGGUAUUUAGAUUUUGCGGGUUUGUGGCCAAAGCACAAUCUUCUUACA